CAAAUUGUCCGAAAAAUUGAUUUUCAUUCACAACAACAGUUUGUCAACAAAACUAACCAUUGAUUCAACUCUUGGACACAACUUUGAAGCACAUCCACGGCCGACACGACUCCCAAAAUGGCGGCACAACUCAAGAAAGACAUCGAAGACAUGGAGUUUGAUUUGUCGGACUUGUCAUCACUGGAACUGAUGGCCAAACGACAGCACUCGAAGGCACUGCUGUCGCAAGAGAUCCAACGCCUCACUCAACGCAAGAACCAAUUGGUGACGAAAUGGCGCGAAGAGGCGGCCGCCGAAGCGCUCCUCAAAUCCGGUGACGACAGCAACUCGGCGUCAGUGCCGGUAACCCAGGGGUCGGCCACUAGUGGACAACAGGCGCCGAUGGGUUCGGUGGUCGUCACGAACUACAUGUGGGACCAAACGGACGACUUCUGCAAAAUCUAUGUCGAAAUCGACAAAAACUAUGCGUUAGACGCGACACACAUCCAGAUGUCGUUCCCCUCCAAGAGAUCCCUAUCCGUAGUGUUCGGCAAAUAUAAGUUCACAAUCAGUCGCCUCUUCGGCGACGUCAGCGCCGACCAGUCGUACCACAGACUCACGAAAUCGCAUAAACUUAUCAAGCAGAUGUACGACGAGGGCGAUGAUGAUAUGAAGCGGACAAUAGCCAAGUCGUGGUACGAGUCGAGGAAUAAGACAUCCGAUGUAGACAUGAAUGAGCCGUCCAUUUAGGCGUCUCUUUCGCCCAUACAUUCAAUUCAAACCAAUCGCUUGACUCUCAGUUUGUUUUGUUAAAUGAAUUUAUUUUUUAAUCAUUUUGUGUGUAAUUUAUAAAUAAGAAAAUAAAAUCAUUUGUUGUUUUUGUGUCGAGAAA